CAACGAAAACCCCUCAAUAAUUCCACAAAAUUUACUCAAAAAGAGGAUUUGUUAUCAUCAGUUCUUGAUUUUGAUUGAAUCAAGAAUUGAAUACAUUUUUGUUGAAUGAAUGGAGUUUGAUAGCAUUGAAUGUGUAUCAUCUUCUGAUGGUAUAGAGGAAGAUGAGAUUCCACAACUUCAUCCACAUAUCAUUCGUUCUCAGUUUUCGUCCUCAAAGACGACGACCCACAAGAACAACAACGGAAGCAGUAUCUUGUGUGAAGGAAAUAAUGGGGGAAUUGCAAUUCAUCCAGCGACUAGCGUUCAUGAGCUUCUUGAAUGCCCUGUUUGUACCAAUUCUAUGUACCCUCCAAUCCAUCAGUGUCAUAAUGGGCACACUAUCUGUUCAACAUGUAAAGCCAGGGUACACAACCGAUGUCCCACUUGUAGACAGGAGCUUGGUGAUAUCAGAUGUUUAGCAUUGGAAAAGGUGGCUGAAUCACUUGAGCUACCUUGUAAAUUUGGGUCUCUUGGAUGUCCUGAAAUAUUUCCUUAUUACAGUAAGCUGAAACAUGAGGCUGCCUGUAAUUUUAGACCAUACAACUGCCCGUAUGCUGGGUCAGAGUGUGCAGCUGUUGGUGAUAUUCCUUAUUUGGUUACUCAUUUGAGGGAUGAUCACAAGGUGGACAUGCACUCUGGAUGCACUUUUAACCAUCGCUAUGUCAAAUCUAAUCCCCGAGAAGUGGAAAAUGCUACGUGGAUGUUAACAGUUUUCAAUUGUUUUGGUCAGUACUUUUGUCUCCAUUUCGAAGCAUUUCAGCUUGGAAUGGCUCCCGUUUACAUGGCGUUCCUCCGUUUUAUGGGAGACGAGACAGAUGCACAAAACUACACCUACAGCCUGGAAGUAGGGGGAAACGGAAGGAAGCUUAUCUGGGAGGGUACACCCCGAAGCAUAAGAGACAGUCAUAGGAAAGUUAGGGAUAGCCAUGAUGGUCUCGUUAUCCAACGUAACAUGGCCCUUUUCUUCUCCGGAGGAGACAGAAAGGAGCUCAAGCUAAGGGUCACUGGAAGAAUAUGGAAGGAACAACAGAAUCCAGACGAAGGAGCAUGCAUACCAAAUCUCUGUAGUUAAAUGCUGCUUGCAUUUUUAUCUAUUGGGUUUUGUUAUUCUUGCCUGUCCUAUGUUCUGUAUUUUUGGCUUAAUGGCACUGUUUCUUUCCUAAUGUCAUAAGUAAAUUCAGAUUCCCCAUAAUAUGUAUGAGAAAAAGCUUAAGUUGUUGUUAUCCAUCAAUUAAUAAGUUUUCUUGUCAA